UUCCGGUUUAGGCAGCCUGUUCUUACUUUCGGUUUACUUAGGCCUACUAUUCUGUAGUAGGGGAUGUCGUGGGGUAAUGGAAGCUGCGUUACAAACUACGGAGCUUUUAUUUCAAUUUAAUUUACUUUUUUGUAAUGACGAAAACCGGUGAAAAUGAACUUUCUGUGGACGCUGGUGACUGUUUUGCUCUUGCUUGGUGUGUCUGGUGUAGGUUCAGAUGGAGUGUCAGUGUUUGUGAUUGAAGGAGAUUCAGUCACUCUAUACACUGAUAUUGAAGCAAAUCAACAAGAAAAGAUAAGAUGGUAUUUUAAUGACAUCCAAAUUGCUGUAGUCAUUGGAGAAAAGAGAGAAAUCUGUACAGAGGAUCAGUGUAAAGAGAGAUUCAGAGACAGACUGAAGCUGGAUCAGACUGGAUCUCUGACCAUCAUGAACAUCACAACCACAGACUCUGGAGUUUUCAGUCGAAAGGUCAUCAACAGUGGCAGCUUCAGUGACCAGAUCUUCAAUGUUUCCAUACAUGAUGUUCCUGAACAAGAUGGAAUGAAGACAAAGUCUAUGAAGGAGGGAGAAUCUGUCACUUUAGAUCCUGGUGUGGUAAAAAACCUGAAUGGUGUGAUGACGUGGCAUUUUAAAGACACUCUCAUCGCUGAAAUCACUGGAGAUCAGAGUGAGAUCUGUACAGGUGUUCAAUGUGACGAGAGCUACACAGACAGACUGAAGCUGGAUCAUCAGACUGGAUCUCUGACCAUCAUGAACAUUAGAACCACAGACUCUGGACUUUAUAAACUACAGAUCAACACCAGCAGCUUCAGUAUUAGCAGAAUAUCAACUGAAUUAACGGUCAUUGAUUCAGGUCUCUCUCCAGGUGCAAUAGCAGGGAUUGUUGUUGUGGCGGCUGUUGUUCUGUCACUCAUUGCUGCAGCGGCUGUGUUUAUCUAUCGAGCAAGAAGGAAAAGGACACAGAACAAUAAUGAUCAGAGGGAUAAUUUGGAAGUCUUGCCUCGUGAUCAGAGUACGACUCCAUUGACUCAUGAGGUCAAAGCUGCUAAUGGAAACCAUGUGGGGCAUUAAAGAUUAGUGUCACUGACAGCGAUGGAGACUGGGGUGCAAAGCCUAUGGAUGACACACUCACUACGUUUACAUGGACAUCAAUACUCCGAUUUUAAUACGAUUAAGACAAUACUCUGAUUAAGAGUCUACCAUGUAAACAGAGAUUUUUGAUGACCAUAAUCCGGCUAAAGUCAUAAUCGAACGAAACAGAAAUCGAAUUAAGACAUGUGGAGUAUUCCUAUUUUAGUCGCACUAUCGAGGUGCAGUACAGACAUGUAAACACCUUAAACAAACUAUUAAUGUCGUGCAGGACUUUUCGCCGCAUUUUGCGACAGGACACACACACGGCAGCGGUCAACCGUUUGACGGCAAAUAAAAGAACUUCAACACUGCCGUCGUCUGUUUGCACGUACAAAUAAUUAACUGCACUUGAAGCUUUCAUAAAAUUAAAAAUGAAACACCCAAAACUGUAUAUGGCAUCAUCACAAAGACGAACUAUAUGUUUAUACGUGAAAUUCUGGAGGGGACGUCGGAUGGCAUCGCGUGGUGACGUAAUGACGCAUGCCAUUAAUCGAUCUAUGUACUAUAACAUGUAAAACGGGAACAUGAAAGGAUCAUGAAAGGAACAUGAAAGGAUUUGUACAAAAAGUUCUAUUUUGGUCUCAUCUGACCACAUGACCUUCUCCCACGCCUCCUCUGGAUCAUCCAGAUGGUCUUUGGCAAACUUCAGACGGGCCUGGACAUGUGCUGGCUUGAGCAGGGGGACCUUGCGCACGCUGCAGGUUUUUAAUCCAUGACAGUGUUGUCUGUUACUAAUGGUAACCUUUGAGACUGUGGUCCCAGCUCUCUUCAGGUCAUUGACCAGGUCCUCCCGUGUAGUUCUAGGCUGAUCCCUCACCUUCCUCAGGAUCACUGAUACUCCACGAGGCGAGAUCUUAAAUGGAGCCCCAGUCCGAGGGAGAUUGACAGUCUACUUGAAUUUCUUUCAUUUUCUAAUAAUUGCGCCAACAGUUGUUGCCUUCUCACCAAGCUGUUUGCCUAUACCCAUCCCAGCCUUGUGCAGGUCUACAAUUCUGUCCCUAGUGUCCUUGGACAGCUCUUUGGUCUUGCCCAUAGUAGAGAGAUUGGAGUCUGAUUGAUUGAGUGUGUGAACAGGUGUCUUUUAUACAGGUACCAAGUUCAAAUAUCAUAUAUGUAUAUGUGAGUAUUUUGUUUGUAUACAUUUGUUGAUUGCUUUUUUUUGUUUGUUUUGUUUAAAUUUUUUUAUUCUGUGGUAAAUAGCAUUAAGGCCAGACACUACAGGCAAAUCCAUUGUUUUUACAUGCACUGGGCAAUUUUAAAAUUUUACUUCCAUUACUUGUCUUCUUUAAGACUAAUGGAAUGAAAACAUCUAAAAUGCACUUUAAAUCAGGGAUCUCCAACCCUGCUCCUGGAGAGCUACCGUCCUGAAGAUUUCAGUUCCAGCCCUGCUCUAACACACCUGUCUGAAAUUAACAAGUAGCCUUGAAGACCUGAUUAGCUGGUUCGGGUGUGUGUGAUUGGGGUUGGAGCUGAAAUCUGUAGGACAGUAGCUCUCCAGGAGCAGGGUUGGAGACCCCUGCUUUAAAUAGUUUGUUUUAUUACAUCAUUUAUUUGAGAUUUCAUAUCUUUAAAGGUGUUUUUGUAUUCUCAAAAAAAAAAAAAAUAAAUUAAAAAAAUAAAUAAAUAAAUAAAAAACAACAACAGACACAUACUCAAUAUCUCAAAGUCCAAUCAAAGGGAGGGAAAGGCAAGAAAAACACAAAAGUCACUCCUUUAUACAGUCACGUAUAUAUCAAAGAGAAAGCACUGCCAAGCAUCGAUGGUAGAAGGCUUGGCCCCAUUGAUUCGUGCUGUUGUACAUUCACAAGUCACUAUUUGCAGGAGACUACGGAUCCAAUAUGUUUUUCCACACAUGUGCGGUUUAAACCAGUUUUGUAUUAUUGUCUUCUUCGCAGCUGUAAAACCAGCAAACAUCAUUCUCUUUUGCAUUGAGGUUAUACAGAGAUCAGAAUCAUCAUUAAGAAGACACAAACUUGGAUUAACAGACCAUUGAUGAUGUAAAUAAUGCUGGUUUAACUAAUAGCAGUUGUUUUUUUGGAUGUUAUAUUGAAGUAACUUUUUUUUUUAAAGUUGAUGGUUGUAUUUUUUUUCUUUUUUUUUUCUCAGUAGUCCUAUCAGUAUUGUAUAAGGGGUUUUAUGCAUAAUAGUAACCCUAGAAUGUGAUCAAACAGAGUUUAAAGUAGCUGGGCUGAGAUAUACACAGAUUUGGAUGAUCUCAGAAAUAUUUUAAUUCAGUAUACACAAUAUACCACAAUUUUGCACACACUUUUCCAAAAAUGACACAUCAUUUAGAUAUUUUCAUGUCUGGGGGAAAUGUGGAAUUAAACAGGUUCAUUUUCCUUUAAAUUACUAUGUAAAAUAAAGACAAAACAUUCUUUGCCGGAA